GGUGGAGUUGGCCAGGCAUUUUGUGAGGAUUGGGGUUGUGGAGAGCUUGUGCUGCGCCUCGUGAGGGUGGUGGAGGAUUAUGAUUUGCGUUUGGGUUGGGAUGGGCUGGGCCGGGAGAGAACGGCAGAGGCAGACUGGGCCGGGCCGGCUGCACUUGCCGCAGAUCGCCCUCGCUCUCCGCGGCGGCGACGAGGCGAAGUAGUCGUCGUCUUCGGCUUCCAUUUUUCCUCAAUUCGUUAGAGCUCGCGGGGUGCGCUUUAUAAUUUACCAGCACCGAACGACAUGUCGUUGUGUUUUCUGUUUUUGACGAAACGACAUGUCAUUUGGAUGGUGGAGGUAUAUAUAAAGGGAAGGGAAGUAGGGAGAGCGGCGAGAGAAGAUGACGACCUCAAAAUUGGAAGCGAGCACGAGCAGUGGCUCUAGCACUGUGGACGUUUCGCAGUUCCAGCACACCCCUUUUUACUGCGAAGAGAAUGUGUACUUGCUUUGCAAGGAACUGGGCACAAAGGGAAUCGCGGAUGCAAAAGGCUCUGAUCUUUUUGUGGUUUUCAUUUCUAAUGAAAAGAAACAGAUUCCGUUGUGGCAUCAAAAGGCGAGCAACCGAGCAGAUGGAGUUGUUCUCUGGGACUAUCAUGUCAUCUGCAUACAGAGAAAAGUUGGCGGAGGUGACUCACCCUUGCAGCAUUUAGUGUGGGAUUUGGAUUCGACUCUUUCAUUUCCUUGUGCUUUAGCAAGUUAUGUCGCCGAAACCAUCCGCCCCACAUUUCAGACCUUCCCCGAAUUCCAGAGGUAUUUCCGGAUCGCGCAUGCCCCAAUAUUCCUCCAGUCCUUUGCAUCUGAUAGGAGGCACAUGAAGGAUCCUCUUGGAGAAUGGCUUCAUCAACCUCCUGUGUAUGAGCCGAUUGUUUCCGAAGAUGGAACCGUACACAAUAUGCAUGACUACUUUGACAUCAGUGCGACAGAUGUUGUGAAGGAGGCAGGCUAUGAUAUGAUCAAUGCAGUUUUUACCGAAAAAUUUGGUGUGGUCAUAGGUGAAAAUCAACUGGAGGAUUUCUUUUCCCAAAUUCCUUGAUGUAGGGACAUUAUCUUGUCAGCCGCACACAGCAUAUAUAACCAUCCUUAUACUGUUUUGGGAGUCGAAGUGUGUUGCAGUAUAACAUGUUGUGGCUGUUCGUUCUAGUAGUGUUUCUGAGAAACGGAAUUUGACUUCAUUAUAUUGCAUUUUCAGCUUUAAUGAUUGGAGAGUUUUUGUUCUCGCUACUUGUGCUUUCUCCAUCCCCAUGUCCUGAAAAAAAGAAGUUUACUCAAAUCAGAUAUUAUUGAGUGGUUUUGUAUAA